ACCAAAGGUUUCACUCACGGUGAGCAUUACUGGGAGAUCGAGUUCCUAGAGCCUCCAUAUGGAAGCUCUGGGUUGGUACCCAAAAUGCACUUCUGCACACGGGAUCAAAAGUUUGUUAACCUCAUAGGCAUUGACAGUGAGAGUUGGGGUCUAUCAUACAAAGGCUUCGUCUGGCAUAAUGGAAGGAGUCGAAAAUACACAGAGCCUUUUUAUGAAAGAAAUACAGUCAUUGGGGUUUUGCUGGACUUGAACACUGGAACACUGACUUUCUUCCGAAAUGGAGUGAACCUUGGGGUGGCCUUCACUGGCCUGGAACAGGUCAGCAAGGCUCUGUAUCCUCUGGUGAGCUCUACGGCCCCUGAAACUGAGAUUCAGCUGGGUGUGAGGAGCCAGAGAAUCUCCUCCCUACAGGAACAGUGCGCACACAUCAUCACACAGUCCCUCUCACAUUAUAGACAUGCACACAAAUUACCAUUACCCACAUCUCUGCUCUGUCAAAUACACACACAUGCGCAUUUAUAAGCGAGGCAUGACCUGUUUCUGAUUCAUGUAGAACAUGCCAACCUCAAAUAACACAAUUAUAUCUAGUGCAACAGAUCCAUUUUAUAUGCAGCCUACCUCAAAAAUAAUUUUAUAUUUGUAUUACUUCAUUUGAACAAAA